GCUUGCAUAUGGCUUGGUAUCGCCCAGUAAGAAUCAUGAACACCACGCCUGUGCAAGCUUCAAGUCUCACUCAUCCCCUGCACUCCUCGAUGCUGAAAGAGAGUGUCGGACCGACGGAGGCGACGGCGUUGGGAGUAUCCGUGGUCAGUAAUGAUAUAGAUAAUAGGAGAGGGUAUUGAGAGUCUAAGGACAAGACAAACAGCGAAUCUCUAGCACCGGGGUCGCAGUGAUAUGACAAUCUCGAAGCAUGGCGUGGUUCUUGCUUUCCCACAUUACUAUGCCCAUGACUUACAGUCAAGCGGCGUUUGUUGCCUGCAUAUCAUACACCCUCUAUCUUGUUGCCCGAUCGAUCUACCGGUUGUUCUUCCACCCACUCCGACACAUACCUGGACCCAAGCUGGCGGCGGUGACGGAGUGGGUGGAGACCUACUAUCAGUGCUUUAAGGGCCCCGGCGGGCAAUUCUUCAACGAGCUGAGGAAGUGGCAUGAAGAAUAUGGGCCAAUUGUCCGCAUCGCUCCGAAUGAGGUCCAUAUUCAAGAUCCAACCUUCUACGAUGUUCUCUUCUCGCAGUCUCGCCACUGCGACAAGCGGAAGGACUUUGCGCAUCGCUUCAACAACGAGAUGUCCGGGUUCGCGACUCCGGAACACGACAUUCAUCGCAUGCGCCGGGCCGCCAUCAACCCCUUUUUCUCCAAGAGGAAGAUCGCCCAGUACGCACCCCACAUCCAGCGGCACAUGGACCGGCUCGUCAACAGGGUCAAGUCGGAGUUUGUGGGCAAUGACAGCAUCUUGAACCUGAGUGAUAUGUGGAGCGCCUUUACCGCGGACGUUGUAGUGGGCUACAUUUUUGAGAAGCCCUACGACUUUAUUCUGUCUCCCGACUUCCGAGCCGCGUUCACGGAUGCCACGAUGGCUCUGAUGAAGCCCGUCCACUGGAUCACCUUCUUCCCCUGGCCGUUCAAACUCGCAAAGAUGCUCCCCGGCCGGCUGGUGCGAUCCAUCUCCUCCACCCUGGGCGCCGUCAUCGAGUACCAAGAAGAAAUGAAAGACCAGAUCCUGUGCGCCAAAGCGGCGGUUCACGCAUCCGCUACAUCCAAGAAGAAGAAGAAACCCUCCCCUUCCGAACCACAAUCCCUCUUCACCGCCCUCCUGCAAUCCGGCCUCCCCCCCUCCGAGCUCUCCACCAAGCGGCUACAGCAGGAAGCCCUGGCCCUCAUCACGGGCGGCAUGGAAACCACCAUGUACGCGCUCUCCCGCUGUUGCUACUACGUGCUCUCAAACCCAGCCAUCCACGCCAAGCUGCGCGCCGAACUGCUGACCGCCAUCCCGGACCCGGACCCCGACCAGCCCUUCCCGCCGCUCGAAACCCUCGAGCAACAGCUCCCCUACCUCACCUGCGUGAUCACCGAGGCCCUGCGCUUCACCCCGGGCGUGCUGUCGCGCACCCCGCGCCUCUCCCCGACACCCAUGGUCUACCACCACCACCACCACCACCACCACCACGACGGCAGCAGCAGCAGCACGGCCUCGUCGUCGUCGUACCACAUCCCCGUCGGCUGCGUCGUCAGCAUGGACAACUACUCGGUGCUGACCGACCCGUGGCUGUUCGGUCCGGACCCACUGGUCUUCCGCCCGGAGCGCUGGGAGGCAGGAGGGGGCGACCCCCGCGCACCGGACGGCAAGCCCCUGCGGGGGUAUCUCGUGUCGUUUGGUAAGGGCACGCGCAGCUGUGCGGGGCGGGAGCUGGCGUGGGCUGAGUUGUAUAUCGGGUUGGCGACCUUCUUUCGGAGGUUUGAGUGUCGGUUGUUUGAGACGGGCCCGGAGGCGGUGGAGGGGUAUAUGGAUUGCUUUGUGCCGAGGCCGAAGCCGGGGACGAAAGGGGUGAGGGCUAAGGUCUUGAAGGCGGUGUAGGGGUCUAAAUAAG